AUGGAGAGCCUCCACACCUCCCAGAGUUUCCGUUUUGGGGUUCCGGCUGUUACGCUGCGCUGCGGCCUUGCGGGAGAGAUGUGGCGUUGCCCGCCUUGGCCUAGCGUCUCAUUCUUCUUCCUGGUCCCUGGAAACGGUCGGCACACUGGAAACGGCGAGACAGCACAAGUGCAAGGCAAGGUUGCAAGGUACCGGGCUGUCCACUUCCGUUUAUUUCUUUUCCCUCCACCACCGCACUUCUUAGCGCCCCAUCGUGACGUGCCGCCCAUCGUGGGGUCAGAGGAGAAAAAACAAGAAGAAGCGCCGGGACUUUCUGCGCUGCCGAGAUCUAGGAUCUCUUCUAUGCUACUCUACUUCCCGCCACCGCUAGCUGCAUGCAAUUUCAAAGAAGAACGAGACAACGUUGUGGCUGCGUUGCGUUGUGCCAACGAUCAAACUUCGGUAGCCCGCCGUUUCCUCUGCCUUUCACGAUGA